AUGGAAAGGGGCGUAAUAUCGGAUAAAGCUAUCGAAAAUGGGGAAUGGCAUAGAUGGUUUGAGCAGUGUAGACCCAAGGUAGAUGACAGUUAUGAAAGCGGAAAUCAAGAUGAGGAAGAUAAACAAGAGACUAACCACGUAGAACCAGGGCAUGAGAAUGGAGGCGAAGUAAGCAGCGCAAACGACUGCCCUGGAUCUUGUAUUCCUCGUCGAUCACAAAGGCUACGAAGACCUAACCCCAGAUAUAUUGACUAUGAAAU